UGUCAUUAAAAGCGCGGCGUGUCUGCUUAAAAUAGGGCAUUCGGAAACUUGGUAGCUAGUUGUGUUCUCUGAGGCUUGUUCAUCGGACGUUAGUAUGGUUCGCGAAGUGAAAAACCUGGAAGAGUUCCAGAGCAUCCUGAAGGAAGCUGGAGACAAGCUGGUGGUGGUGGACUUCACAGCCACAUGGUGCGGCCCCUGCAAACAGAUUGCCCCACUGUUUGCUCAAAUGGCGGCUGAUGACGAUAACAAGAACGUGAUUUUCCUGAAGGUGGACGUCGAUGAGGCAGAGGAUGUGAGCUCAUCUUGUGGAAUCAGCUGCAUGCCCACCUUCCACUUUUACAAGAAUAACCAGAAGGUACACGAGUUCUCUGGUGCCAACGUAAACACGCUAAAGGAAAAAGUAGUAGAGCUGAGAUAAGAAGUCCAGUUGACACACCCAUGUUGUAAAAGGAGGAGGAAAAAUGCCUCACAGUAGAAGCUGUUACCCUCUGUACAUUCCUCAUAUCUAUGAAGUCUAUCCCAAACAGGCAAUAAAAUAUCCACAUAUCCCAUAAUAGUUUAGUGUGUCUGUGUUAACAACAGGAUGAAAUAUGAAGCCGAUCACUUAAUUUAAUUCUACUUAAACUCCUUUGUAUGUCAAUGUGCUCGACAAGGUGGUUUUAAUAAAUGAACUGCAAUUAA